AUGACGAAGAAAGAAAAAGAAGAGGAGAGGAUUGAGAAGAUAAUUCGCGGUCUUCUCAAACUCCCUGAGAAUCGUCGUUGCAUUAAUUGCAAUAGUUUGGGACCGCAAUAUGUUUGCACAACUUUCUUCACAUUUGUUUGCACAAGUUGUAGUGGAAUUCAUCGGGAAUUUACGCAUAGAGUUAAAUCAGUUUCGAUGGCGAAAUUCAACGCGGAAGAAGUUAGUUCUCUUCAAGCAGGAGGGAAUGAGAGAGCGAGGCAAAUUUAUUUAAAGGAAUGGGAUCCGCAGCGUAACAAGCAACCUGAUAGCAGUAAUCUACAAAAGCUUCGAGAUUUUAUCAAGCAUGUUUAUGUGGAUAGAAGAUACACUGGUGAAAAAAGUAAUGAGAAACUCCCACGGCUGAGACUGGUUCUUGUUGCUGUUAUGCAGACUGACAAGGAGGAGUACAGUGAGAGCAGGAGGGUUGUUUUAUAUUCUGGUGGAACUAGAAGUCCGAACUAUGAAGAUAGACAUGGACGGAGUGAAAGAUCUGGUUUUAGUGGAAGAACUGAUGACAAGACUUUCAAAUAUUAUUACGAUGAAAGAAGAAGUCCUCGUUAUUCCCAAGAAAAUUCAAGAUAUGGAGGUUUUAAGAGAAGUCCUACCCGCUUUGAGGUUGUUGAUGACAGGUUUCGAGAUGAUGGAAUGCGAAUUGGUAGGCAGUCUGAUGUCCACCCAUUUGCACACAGAGAGUCCAGGUUUGGGAACAGUUCUUCUGACAUUCAAAAGAACAAGCAUCAGUCCGGCUCCAAUGCCCCUGUGGUAUGCCAUCUUAAAGAUAUUCUAGGGGAAAAUCUUCUGCCUCUACAGGUUGGCGAGCAGUCUAAAGCAUUGAAUGGGAAGGAUUCAGAUGGUUCUGUGCACAGUCAGUCAAUUCUCGUGAGGACUGAGAUGCCCACUUCUUCCAGCUCCAUGGCAUCUGCUGAUGGGAAUCCUGUGCAACAGAAAAGUCACAAUUCAGAAAACUUGGUUGAUUUAAAUGCCAAUUCCAAGUCCUCUGUUACUGCUGCAGCACCACCGGCACAGGAGAAUCUUCCGUCCAGUGAAGGAGGCAACUGCUCCUCACAAGAAUCCUUUGGAAAGGAGAACAUACCUCCGGCCCCAAAACCAAAUAUUUUGGAAUUUUUAUUGAUGGAAUUGUCAGUUCCCUCAGUUACUCCUGCUGACAAUACGUCAGAAAUACCAACUAAUGAUAAUCCUUCUUCAGCUGUGUCUGGAGAAGAUAUACUCACGAGUAGUGUUGCUUCAGCAGCUGGGCCUUCGGGGCAGAUGUUAGCAUUACCAAGCAGUGAUGUUGCUUCUGCAACUGCAUCUGGAGGCAGCAUGCCUGCCGACGGUAUUUCAUCAGCUGUACCUGUGGCACAGAUGUCAACUUUAACUGAUAGCACUGGUGCUUCUACAACUGCAUCUGGAGGCAACAUGUCUGCUGCAAGUGUUUCACAUGGUGAACCCGUGGAGAAGAUGUUAGCACUGCCCAGAAGCGCUGGUGCUUCUACAGCUGUGUCUGGAGGCACCAUGCCUGUGGGAAGAGUUUCACCAGCUGCAUAUGUGGUGCAGCCGUCAACUUCAUCUGGGAUCAGCCUGCCUGCAGGCGACUCUUUACCAUCUAUUGCUGUGGAGGAGACAUUAAAACUAGUCGAUGCUUUUGAUGCAUCCACAAUCCCUUCAAAUACUUCUUUGCCAGCACAACCUUCUAAUGGAGUUCCUACACAAACUGCACUUGAUAACAGUGGUGACUCAACUUUUGAGGUUCUUGACGGGCAACAGAUAUCCACCAUGCAGCAACAACGGUCCUCUACACUGCCUGCCGAUAGUGGUUCUACUGGACAAUGGACUGCUAAUACACCAGCUGGAGCAGUAAAUGACCAGGCCACUUCUGAUGAUCAUUUUCCAGAUCCAUUGUUCAAUGAAAUGAUGACUCCAACUUUGGCUAAGAUAUUAUUGACUUCAUCAAAUGUUCCUAGUGCCCAGGGACCUCCAGAUUUCCUGGGUGAAUACCCUUCUCAAAGUGUCUCAAAACCAGCCCAAGAAUCCAAUUCUGAAGCUAAAUCCCAGCAUCUUCCAUCAGAAACAAAUUCUAGUGGAAGAAAGGAACUUCCAAUGGUGGUUGCCUUGCUUUACAUGGACCUUUUUUCUGGAACCUAUUCACCACCUCCAGGCCCAAUUCCAGGUUGGCAAAUUUGUCCACCUUAUGGCACAGGGUUUAACAUGCAGCAUUAUCGUAAUGCAAUGCUGGUGCCAGCAUAUCCCAACCCAGCAAAAUCAACAAACCCAUUUGAUCUUAAUGGAGACACCACUUCAGCACAAGCCCCACCAUUUCCUUCCAUGGGAAAUUUGCAUGGUGCACUCCCAAUGCAUACUUCUGCAAUGCCUCCACAGUCCCUCUCCUUUGCAUCAGCCAUGCCUUAUGGUAAAUUCACUUCUGUGUAUCUUCAAUAUCUACCGAUAAGUGAUCCUCAUCUGGAGCUCAUAUUUAAUUGCUAUAUCUUAGGUGGAUACGUGGGACAACAAGCAUAUAUGAAUUUGCCUCAUUCCAGACCACAAGGACCUGGCAACUUUGGCAUUGAGGGAGUGCCUUUUGGGUCAUUGAAUAUGGCUCAACAACCAACCAGCGGACACUUGCUUCCGACCUUCCCAAGUUCUCAUCCUUCAAAGGGAGGAAAUCCAUUUGGAUAG